GAAGAAUGAGAGAGAUAGACGCAGACCGUACUUGGCGGAGGGAGAAGAUGUUUUUUUCUGAGGUUGACGCGGAUCGAUGAGGUGGCGUCUUAAUAGCCGUUAUUUUAAAUGGAUUUAAAUGGAUGGCUUUAGUUUGGAGAAAUUGUGUCUGGGCAAUUUCUUUGAAAUUCCCAGAGAUCUCAAUCCAAGUCACCGACGACUGAACCACAUAAAAUCGUCAGUCUCUCUUUUAUUUUAUUUUUGUAUUUGGUCUUUUCUUCACUAAAUUAAGGUUCACGAAUGCGACAGUCUGCUUCAGUCUAAGCAUGCGUGUUUACUUUCUAAUUGAUCCUUAUAAUGAGCCUCAACUGUAAAUUAAGCUCUGUGAACACAAAGCUAUGCAGAUUUUUUCUUUUGUGAUUGUGAUUACCAACUUUCUUUUUUUCUGCUCUGGAUUCUCCAAUUUUGUUGACACCAUUACUCGAUCCCAGAACAUCAGCGAUGGCACGACCUUGGUUUCCAGGGAUGGAAAAAGCUUUGAACUGGGGUUCUUCAGUCCAGGUAGUUCCCCCAACCGUUAUUUGGGGAUUUGGUACAAGAAUAUCCCCGCUAAAACGGUUGUUUGGGUAGCAAAUCGGCGAAACCCAAUCAAGGACUUGUCCGGCGUGUUGAUGGUAAACGGCUCAGGUAAUCUUGUGCUUCUCUACCUGAACGGGAGUGUUGUGUGGUGGGCGAAUUCAACGAAAGAGGCCCGGAAUCCAAUAGUACAGCUUUUAGACUCGGGAAAUCUAGUACUGAGAGAUGAGAAAGAAGAAAAUCCAGAAAACUGUCUGUGGCAGAGCUUUGACUAUCCUUCUGAUACAAUUUUACCGGGGAUGAAGCUCGGAUGGGACUUUAGGACUGGUCUGGAACGGCGCCUGUCCGCAUGGAAGAGUUCAGACGAUCCAUCUCCUGGAGACCUUUCUUUUGGUAUUGAACCUUAUAAUUACCCUGAGUCUGUCAUCAAGAAAGGCUCUAAGAACUACGUCCGGAACGGCCCAUGGAAUGGCCUUCAUUGGAGUGGUUCAGCGGAGUUAAAGGGCACGCAGAUUUUCAACUUCAGUUUUGUCUCCAAUAAGGACGAGGUGUACUUCAUAUACCACCCAAUAAAUAAGUCUCUGAUCUCAAGAGGAGUUUUGAACCAAACUGUCAACUUGUAUCAGCCCUACUUAUGGAUCGAAAAGGAUCAAACUUGGAAGGGGUUUUCACCUAUGCCAAGAGACAACGACUGUGACAUGUAUAACUAUUGUGGCGCUUAUGGAAAUUGUGUCAGGGGUGAAUUUCCUGUCUGUCAAUGUUUACAAGGAUUCAAGCCCAAGUCUAAUGACAGCUCGAACCCAGAGAGCUGGUCUCAAGGAUGUCUACGCAGUACGAAAUUGAGCUGCCAGGAUAAACAUAGAGAUGGGUUCCUAAAAGUUGGUGGGCUCAAAUUGCCAGAUACCAUGCAUUCUUGGUUGAAUACAAGUCUAAAUCUCGAGCAAUGUAGAGCAACAUGCUUGAGCAACUGUGCCUGUAUGGCCUUUACAAACUCAGACAUCAGAGGAAGAGGUAGCGGCUGCGCCAUCUGGUUUGGUGAUUUACUUGAUAUUCGAAAGCUUACAUAUAAUGAGCAGGAUCUGUAUAUUCGAAUGCCUGCUUCAGAGUUAGAAGUGAUAAACCACCAAAAGACGAAGGUGAUAGUGAUAGCUGUAGCUGCCAUUGCCGUUGUCAUUGGGGUGCUAUUUGUUGCCUAUUGCAUACGCAAACGCAGGACAAACUUCAGAGCACAUUUUGUUAUAUCAGAGAAAAUGGAGAACGAUGUAAUCCUAGGUCAGAACACUGAAGGCCAAACAGAAGACCUGGAACUCCCCUUGUUCGACCUACUUACAGUAACUGAUGCCACCAACAACUUUUCAGGCCACAACAAGCUUGGUGAAGGUGGUUUUGGACCCGUAUUCCGGGGUAUACUGAAAGAUGGAAGAGAAAUUGCUGUAAAAAGGCUUGCACGUAGCUCUGGACAAGGAUUGAAUGAGUUUAAAAAUGAAGUUAUAUUGAUUGCCAAAUUGCAACAUCGAAAUCUUGUUAGGCUUCUCGGAUGCUGCAUUCAAGGAGAGGAGAAAAUGCUAAUCUAUGAAUACAUGCCCAAUAGAAGCAUGGACUUCUUCAUUUUUGAUCAAAAGAGAGCUGAAGUUUUAGGCUGGUCUAUGCGCUUCCACAUUAUUUGUGGAAUUGCUCGGGGGCUUCUUUAUCUUCAUGAAGAUUCCAGACUAAGGAUUAUACACAGAGAUCUCAAAGCAAGUAAUGUCUUACUUGAUAGUAAUAUGAAUCCAAAAAUUUCAGACUUCGGCAUGGCUAGAAUAUGUGGAGAAGAUCAGACUGAAGGAAAUACAAACAGAGUAGUUGGAACUUAUGGAUAUAUGGCUCCCGAAUAUGCAAUUCAUGGGUUAUUCUCAGUAAAAUCUGAUGUCUUUAGUUUUGGAGUAUUGUUGCUAGAGAUAUUAAGUGGAAAGAAGAGUCGAGGAUUCUUCGAUUCAAGCCAAAGUCUGAAUCUUAUCGGACACGCAUGGAAACUAUGGAGAGAAGGCAGGCCUUUAGAGCUGAUCGAUACGUGCCUAGGAGACGACUCAUGCCCUCAGCUUCCACAGAUUAUACGCUGUGUCCAUAUCAGUCUCUUAUGCGUGCAACAGCAUCCUGAGGAUAGGCCCAGCAUGUCUUCUGUGGUUACGAUGCUAAGCAGUGAGAGUUCAUUACCUGAACCUAAAGAGCCUGGUUUCCAUGUUGGAAAUAAAUCACUUUCUGUGGAAUAUUCUUCAUCCAGCAAGCAGCAAUCAUCUUCAACAAACGAUAUAUCUGUUUCGCUGUUAGAGGCUCGAAUUAAGCUCUGUGAACACAAAGCUAUGCAGAUUUUUUCUUUUGUGAUUGUGAUUACCAACUUUCUUUUUUUCUGCUCUGGAUUCUCCAAUUUUGUUGACACCAUUACUCGAUCCCAGAACAUCAGCGAUGGCACGACCUUGGUUUCCAGGGAUGGAAAAAGCUUUGAACUGGGUUUCUUCAGUACUCCAGGUAGUUCCACCAACCGUUAUUUGGGGAUUUGGUACAAGAAUAUCCCCGUUAAAACGGUUGUUUGGGUAGCAAAUCGGCGAAACCCAAUCAAGGACUUGUCCGGCGUGUUGAUGGUUAACGGCUCAGGUAAUCUUGUGCUUCUCUACCGGAACGGGAGUGUUGUGUGGUGGGCGAAUUCAACGAAAGAGGCCCGGAAUCCAAUAGUACAGCUUUUAGACUCGGGAAAUCUAGUACUGAGAGAUGAGAAAGAAGAAAAUCCAGAAAACUGUCUGUGGCAGAGCUUUGACUAUCCUUCUGAUACAAUUUUACCGGGGAUGAAGCUCGGAUGGGACUUUAGGACUGGUCUGGAACGGCGCCUGUCCGCAUGGAAGAGUUCAGACGAUCCAUCUCCUGGAGACCUUUCUUUUGGUAUUGAACCUUAUAAUUACCCUGAGUCUGUCAUCAAGAAAGGCUCUAAGAACUACGUCCGGAACGGCCCAUGGAAUGGCCUUCAUUGGAGUGGUUCAGCGGAGUUAGAGGGCACGCAGAUUUUCAACUUCAGUUUUGUCUCCAAUAAGGACGAGGUGUACUUCAUGUACCACCCAAUAAAUAAGUCUCUGAUCUCAAGAGGAGUUUUGAACCAAACUGUCAACUUGUAUCAGCCCUACUUAUGGAUCGAAAAGGAUCAAACUUGGGAGGGGUUUUCACCUAUGCCAAGAGACAACGACUGUGACAUGUAUAACUAUUGUGGCGCUUAUGGAAAUUGUGUCAGGGGUAAAUUUCCUGUCUGUCAAUGUUUACAAGGAUUCAAGCCCCAGUCUAAUGACAGCUCGAACCCAGAGAGCUGGUCUCAAGGAUGUCUACGCAGUACGAAAUUGAGCUGCCAGGAUAAACAUAGAGAUGGGUUCCUAAAAGUUGGUGGGCUCAAAUUGCCAGAUACCAUGCAUUCUUGGUUGAAUGCAAGUCUAAAUCUCGAGCAAUGUAGAGCCGCAUGCUUGAGCAACUGUGCCUGUACGGCCUAUACAAACUCAGACAUCAGAGGAAGAGGUAGCGGCUGCGCCAUCUGGUUUGGUGAUUUACUUGAUAUUCGAAAGCUUACAUAUAAUGAGCAGGAUCUGUAUAUUCGAAUGCCUGCUUCAGAGUUAGAAGUGAUAAACCACCAAAAGACGAAGGUGAUAGUCAUAGUGAUAGCUGUAGCUGCCAUUGCCGUUGUCAUUGGGAUGCUCUUAGUUGCCUAUUGCAUACGCAAAAGCAGGACAAACUUCAGAGAGAAAAUGGAGAACGAUGUAAUCCUAGAUCAGAACACUGAAGGCCAAACAGAAGACCUGGAACUCCCCUUGUUCGACCUAUCUACAGUAACCGAUGCCACCAACAACUUUUCAGGCCACAACAAGCUUGGUGAAGGUGGUUUUGGACCCGUAUUCCGGGGUACACUGAAAGAUGGACGAGAAAUUGCUGUAAAGAGGCUUGCACGUAGCUCUAGACAAGGAUUGAAUGAGUUUAAAAAUGAAGUUAUAUUGAUUGCCAAAUUGCAACAUCGAAAUCUUGUUAGGCUUCUCGGAUGCUGCAUUCAAGGAGAGGAGAAAAUGCUAAUCUAUGAAUACAUGCCCAAUAGAAGCAUGGACUUCUUCAUUUUUGAUCAAAAGAGAACUGAAGUUUUAGGCUGGUCUAUGCGCUUCCAUAUUAUUUGUGGAAUUGCUCGGGGGCUUCUUUAUCUCCAUGAAGAUUCUAGAUUAAGGAUUAUACAUAGAGAUCUCAAAGCAAGUAAUGUCUUACUUGAUAGUAAUAUGAAUCCAAAAAUUUCAGACUUCGGCAUAGCUAAAACAUGUGGAGAAGAUCAGACCGAAGGAAAUACAAAUAGAGUGGUUGGAACUUAUGGAUAUAUGGCGCCCGAAUAUGCCAUCCAUGGGUUAUUCUCAGUAAAAUCUGAUGUCUUUAGCUUUGGAGUAUUGUUACUAGAGAUAUUAAGUGGAAAGAAGAUUCGAGGAUUCUUCAAUUCAGGCCAAAGUCUGAAUCUUAUUGGACAUGCAUGGAAACUAUGGAGUGAAGGCAGGCCUUUAGAGCUGAUCGAUACGUGCCUAGGAGACGACUCAUACCCUCAGCUUCCACAGAUUAUACGCUGUGUCCAUAUCAGUCUCUUAUGCGUGCAACAGCAUCCUGAGGAUAGGCCCAGCAUGUCUUCUGUGGUUUCGAUGCUUAGCAGUGAAAGUUCAUUACCUGAACCUAAAGAGCCUGGUUUCCAUGUUGGAAAUAACUCACUUUCUGUGGAAUAUUUUUCAUCCGGCAAGCUGCAAUCAUCUUCAACAAACGAUAUAUCUGUUUCGCUGUUAGAGGCUCAAUGAAGGAUCAUUUUAUUA